CUGGCUCUCCCUCCCCUUUCGCCCAGCCUCCGCCUCGCCGGCCUGGGCCCCGCCUCGCGUCAGCUGAUUGGGCCUUUCGAACUGUUGCGGGCGUACGCGGCCGAAUGAAUCAGGGAGCGCUGGAGCUCGAGAGGAUUCCCUGCCGCUGCCGCAAUCUCACGUGUGUCCCCCGGGCAGAGGAUGCGUGGGGGGUUCUGACUCUGGGGUUUUCGGCUAUGGGAAAGUGCUGGCCAUUUACACAGAAAAGGGGAAGAAAAUCAGUUCAGCUCUUGAUCUCUGUUGCAGUGACGCACCAUACGAUCUUGACCAGCAGUUUUUUCGCCCGGAGGAAACGGCUUUCUGCAACCUCAGCCCUCAUUCCGGCAGGAAUAUCUAGUUACCAUGCAACAUACAGUUCAGGUGUGGUUUGGAGAUGAUUUACCUAUCAGUCCACGCAGUCCACUGACUCCAAGACAUGGCCCUGGCCUGGCUGAUGUUUUACUAUAUGACCAAUGGAUAUCUGUCCGACAUGAGGCAACUUUGAUUCCUAUGCAAGAAGAUCUGACUAUCUGGCUAUCUGGCUUAUUGGGUAUUGAACUUAAACCAGAGCAUUUAUUGGAAGAACUUGAUAACGGGGUAUUGCUGUGCAUUUUGAUUGGAGUCAUUCAAAGCAUAGUUAAAAGUAACUCAAAUGAUUUAAAAAAUUUCCCUUUACGAAAAGUCCCCUGUAAAAAAGAUGCUCCUUCAGGAUCUUUCUUUGCCAGAGAUAACACAGCAAACUUUCUGAAUUGGUGUAGGUGCAUUGGAGUGGAUGAGACUUAUCUUUUUGAAUCCGAAGGCUUAGUGCUGCAUAAAGACCCAAGACAAGUAUACCUUUGCUUACUGGAAAUUGGUCGCAUUGUAUCAAGUCAUGGAGUUGAACCACCAGUAUUAGUAAAGUUAGAGAAGGAAAUUGAAUUGGAAGAAACUUUGUUGAUGUCCUCUGAUAGUGUAGCCCCUAUAGUUUCUUACAAAUCGUGCUGUCAGGAUGGAGAAUUACAUGAAGCGGUUAAGCAUAUUGCUGAAGAUCCUCCUUGUAGCUGCUCUCACAGAUUUUCAAUUGAGUAUUUGUCUGAAGGGCGCUAUAGAUUGGGAGACAAAAUACUGUUCAUUCGAAUGUUACAUGGCAAACAUGUAAUGGUACGUGUUGGUGGAGGCUGGGAUACUCUUCAAGGUUUUCUUCUCAAAUAUGAUCCUUGCCGAAUGCUUCAGUUUGCAACGUUGGAACAAAAGAUUUUGUCAUUUCAAAAAGGUGCAUCUGGUGAUAUGGUUUCCGAUUCGUCUGCUAAACCUCCACAGCCUCCACCCAUGAAUCCCAUAUCUGCCAUUGAUGCAUACCAUAAACAGAGUUCAAAGCCUUCUACUAUGGUUUCCGUUUCAAAAAACCCUCAUGUAGGUAAUAGGAAACAGGCAGCAUGUAAGUCAUCCCAACCAACAGUUCUUUCUUCUUCAGAAGCAGCAAAGCAUUCCUUACCUACAGACCAGUUGACACGAAACCAGCCCAAAUUAAAAGAUUCAUCAGUAAAUAACCUUCAGCCAUUUCCCAAAGCAUCAAAACCGGUUUUUAAAAAGCCAGCACCCCCUUUUCAUAACCCUACAUCUGUUUCAAAAUAUAGAGAAGCUGUAAAUAAGUGCUCAUCAUCGGCUCGGGGGAGGGCUGCUUUAACACCAUCAGCAUCUCUUCAGAAAUGCACUGCAUCAUCUACCAAGCCUGCAUGUUCCCAAAACUCUCCAACUGUACAACAUUCUGCUCUAGGUUGUUCAAACAAUAAACUUUGCAGGUUGCCUGAAACGGCUACAAGGGUAGGCUGUUUAGAAGGACAUCAUUCUCCUGAUAGUGCAGCUGGGCUCAAAAAUGUAGCCAAAUGCAAGCCUCUUUCAAAAACCUCAGCAAAAUCGGCAAAGACCAUUAACAGAAAUUUACAUGUGUCUAAGCCGUCUUGCCCUCCAACAUCUACGAUGCCUACAAAAAUAAUUUCCAAAAAUAGUAGUCAAACAUUACCCACACAGUUUUACUCACACAGAGGAAAAUUGGAAACUAAGCAAACCAAACAGAAAACUGCUCUUAGCCCCAAACAGCUGAGUUCUGAUUCCUCUCUUACGAAUGAUAAAACAACUGAGCAGACAUCUACGCUAGAUGUAAAGAGUAAAAAUCCAUUUUCAUCUGUUAAUAAUUAUGCUUCAGCCAAGAGGAGGCCAGUUCAAAAUAGUAGGAUGAAAAUACAGGGAACAGCUGAUGCAACAACACAUUCUGAUCGUAUGCCGUUAUCUAUUAUGCGUCUUCCUCAAACAUCGACCAUAAAUGGGGCAAGGAAAAAGACAGUAAAGGCUAAUGUCAAAAGUCAGGCACAGGUCAAAGUCUCCCAAAAGAAUAAUAAAGAACUUGAUUCAACCACUAAGGAACCUGUUUUAAAAGGAAAAGCUACAACUGUUCUACCCAAAGGGACACAGCUUAGGUUAAAGGAUUCCACAGUAAAGUCAAAACAGGAUGAUAAUUACUUUGUUGUGACUGGGAAUAAGAAACUCAGAAAGUAAAGUACCUAGAAUUAUAAUUGAUUAUUGCAACAUGUUUUUACUAAUAGCCACUUUAUAGUUGGGACCUUAACAUUAAAUAACAAUACAAUAAUUUGAAUGCUAACUGCCUUGGAACAGAGGAGUUUAAAAGGUUUGCUGGUCCCCACAAGUGCAAUAGUUGACUGAUUACAAAUAGGCACUUUAUCACAAUCUGAAUUAUAAAUACUUUGGAAUCUAUUUCUCACAUUGAUAGUAAGAUGAUAAAGAUGCUCCCAAUAGGUCAUUUAUUGCUCAGGUUCAUGUGGCAAAUAUUUCUUAAUGAGUUGUAAAAUGGUGUUUACCAUCUCCAAGGAAAAAUACAGCAUAGUAAAUUGGCUGCAAUUUGCAAAAUAUACAUCUUCCAGGAAAAAAAAUGAUAUCUUCUGAUAAUAUAGUCAUUUGUUGAAUCUCGUGAAUAUUUGUUUUUGGUAAGGGCUUUGGUCAAACAUGAGCAUGAGAAUUGGUAUUUACUACUGUUGUUGUGUGUGCAUACUACUAAGUAGAAAAGCAACUGUCAAAUAGCCUUGAGUUAAGAAUAACUCCAAAUAAAUAUCUAUAAUGCUAAAUUUUAUUUAAACUUUCAAUGCACAGGGACCACUAAGAACAUUUUACAGGAGUUCUUGGCUUUAGAGACAAUAAUUUUAGUGCCUUCACAGAUUAUGUGCUUUGUUCGCUGUAUUACAGGAAAGACUGAAAAGUGGCUCAAAUGUGUAUUCUAAUUAUUAUGGAUUGUGUUUAUGGAUUACUGUUAUCAGAUGGACUUAUAUGAACAAAAUUAUGCAUUCAAUUAUAAUUUAAUGAUGAUACUGGCACUGUGUAACCUUUUAAUGUUUGCUUUUCUGAAAUGACUAAAAUGUAUGCUAGCACAGUGCUUCACUCUUAAAAUGUGACAGACAAUCUUUCUAUAAAAGAACACCCAAUAUAUUUCUAGGAAAUUACUUGUGUUUACAAAGUGAGAGAAUAGCUUCAAAAAUGGGUUAUAUUCAUAAGCACAACUGAAAACCUUUCAAAUAAGCUGCCUUUGGAAUUUUUAUAUUUAUGUUUCACACUAUUUCAUUUUUAGCUGUAGAAUAUAUUCCUUAUUGCAUUAAUCAUUUUACUUACAACAUAAAUAACUAACAUUGGAGGAAAAAUACUUUUUUAGUUUUAGGUUUGCAUUCAGUAGUGUGUAUUCUCUGGCAGGUAUAUACUAUGUAUGUGUAUACUGCUGUUAAGUACAGUUGCACUUGUCAUAGGGUUUUGAAGCAAGUUUUAAAACAAAUUUGUGUUGCCCUCCCUAGGAAGUAAGACAAACUUCUUAAUUUCACUGUUCGUUAAAAUGCUACUUGGCUCAGUGCUGGUAGUUGAAACUCAAGUUAAAAUUAAUUGUUAUUAUAUGAAAAUGUUUUUCUCCCUGUGCCUCCACAAAAAAAUUGUGAAUUGGUUGUGGCCAGAGUUGAAAAAAUUACUUAAGCAAACAUCCUGGUUCUGCUCUAGUUGCAUUUUCAAAAUACAUUAUGUCUGGUUCCUUGAGGUUCAUGUGGAUAAGAGUUACAUUCUUUAGUAUAUAUUCUUAUUUUAGAGAAAAACAUGCAGCCAGAUAUUCUUAGGCAAUGAAAAUUUAUAUCUAUAUUUCCAGGCUUGCUUAUACACACAGAUAUCCUUAGCUGAAUCACACUACCCUGAAAUUGUAUUCUUAUAGGUACUUACCUGAAAACAACCAUAUUAAAUAAUGGCAUUUCAAUGCCCAUGCUGCAUAUGUCUUUUGGAUAUAGGAUAGCGCUAGAUGCAAAAGUAAUUUGUAUCUAAUACAAGGAUUUCUAAAUAUUCAUUUUUGCACUUACAGUAACUUCAACAAUGUAUGGAUUUGGGAAAAAAUGUCUCAAAUUGUUAUAACAAGAAAAGUAUAUCAAUACAUUUUUGCUUUCAGUUAAGGUUUACGUUUGAACAAUUUCAAAACUGGUUACAGUUGGUCCCUCUAUUUAUUCUUAAAACAGUAGCCACUAUCCUGAUUUCUUUCUCUGCCCGCCCAAUGCUAAGUAAAAAAAAAAUCCUAGAUAUGGGAUUGUAGAAUUGUAGUUAGUAAGCAUUGAAAAGCUAUAGCAAAAUUAAGUGACACAGCUAUAUGUCUUCAAUUGGAAACGGAACAUUUAAUUUUAGAAACCAUGCAUGUUUCCAUGGAGGUGUAGCAGAAAGUACAGGUGGACUUGACAACUACAAUUGGGACCAGAACUUCCACCAUGAUGUAGUUAAGUCAUAACAUGACCGUAAUCAACUUUACAAUCUUUUUUGCCAUGGUUGUUAAGCAAAUUUAACUUUCUUCACCAACUUGCAAAUGGUGAUCGCAUUACCUUGGGAUACUGAAAUUCCAUAUUGGUUGCCAAGUGCCCAAAUCAUGAUCAUGUGACUGCAGGGACUGUGACAGUCUCAUGACUGGGUUGUAAGUCACUUUUUUUCAGCGCUGUAAUAAUUUCAAAUGGUUGCUAAACAAAUGGUCAUAAGUCAAGGACUACAUGUAAUUCAAGGUUAAAGUUGGUACUAAAGAAUUCAGAAAACAACCAAAACAUUCUGCAUUCAUGAUAAA